AUGGCGGCGAAAGUUUCAGCUGUUGGGCUGCUAAUAUUACUUUUACCAUGUUCACUGUCAGAAGAUCGUUUGAUUUACAUCGGGAAAGUGGUUGAUGCAUUGGAGAAGCUUGUCAAUUACUAUAAAUUGAAUUAUGAAGAUUUAAACGUGGACGGUUUAUUUGGAUUGCGUGUGGUAGAAGGACAGUUAAACCUUUUGCUUCGACAGUAUGAGGAGCAAGGAAGACAUCACAAUCUGUCUACAGAUAUCAUUUCCAGACUGAAGGAUAUGAAGUCGGUAUCUUCACUGGCUAGUAACAAUGCUGUGGAAUAUGUCCGACGAGACGAUGAAGAAUAUUUCCAGAAACUGCGAUUUGUUGUUGGAAAACCAUGGGAAUUUUUAAAAAAGCACAAAGAACUCAAGAAUCAGCUUCGUUGGCAACCAGCUUUAUACCUACAGCGAAGAAAAACCAAAUUGAAUGAAGAUGUGUCGGACAGAUGUAUGGCAGAGCUGAUGGGAACCAACUCCAACUCCAAGAGGACAUGUGAAAUCAGCAACUUUUGUAUCCAGAUGAUGACCACGACGGGUCUAUCUGGUUACGGUAUCACUCAUCAGCUUCUAUGGACGGUCCUGGCUGAAAAGCACGGCUGUGGGCGGACAUUAAACAAGUUGCUGAUGGAGAAGGGCCUGAGAUCCCUAGAAGACUACAGAGAGGAGUUUUGUGCCAACAAUUUUUAUGAGAUGACUGAUUUUAUCAACUUACAUCUUCAUGGUAUCAUCACACCAAAAUAUCAAGAUCUGUUUUUGGAGCAGCAAUUUGUUUGUCCAAGUCUGGGAUAUUACCAAUUUUUGUCGUAUUCCUAUCUUGACCAGAUGUUGUCAUGGCAAAAACCACCAGGAUGUUAUGGUGUUAUGCAUAGACUGAAAACCACAAAUAGUAUUCGAAAUAAUCAAAGCAAGGAAUUCACAGAUUUGAGUGCAGAGUACACCUAUGAGGACGAUUUGGAAAAUUAUAAUUUGAAUGAACUUGAGGAAAAGAGAAACAUCAACAGUUCUGAUGAACAUGACGCUAAAGGCAACAACCAAAAUGCAGUUAAAAGUUUAGAUAGCAGGAACUUGCCUAGUGCUUUAAAACAUGUCAACAUAGAAAGACAGAGGUCCUCUGAUGACAAAUCAAUAGUUCCGAAGGCACCUGUGAAAGAAAAUAGUGAUGUAGUGAUUCAGAGUGGAAAUGGUCUCGUAGGUAAAUUUACACCAGUGUUAAUGAAAGUCAACUCGGAUGUCGUAAUGGACACUGGAAAACAUUCUGCAGGUGCUAAUGUAAUUCAGAUGAACUCGCAGAAAGUUGAUUCGGUGAUUAGUAAUAAUAUUCAAAGUGGACAUCAAAGAUCGAGGACAAACGUGGACACUGGGACAGGAAACAAUCAAAAUUCAGCAUUAAAUCAGAUAUCUUCUAAACAGAACAAGCAAGUAAUUCCAGGAGCAGCAGUGGAGAGGAAUGGUAAUGAAAUUGAACAACAGCGCCAAUUUCGAAACCAGGGACAAGCAGGGGAGGCAAUUCACAACAUUGGGCGGCGCCUCUUGGCAGAAAAGGCCAUGAAAGAGGGUUGCUUGGCUCACAAGACAGCUGUGGCAGCUGGAGCUUUGGUCAUGUACUUACGCUACCUCAUUGAUCCGGGGCCCAUGGACAUACAGCGCAAAAUAAUGGACCCCAGUCAGCACCGCUUCCUUAUGAGUAGGGAAGUCUCUAAACAACAGUCUGCUUUAAAUGCUUCUCACCUGGCUGUAGAUGAUGGGCAGGACAGAGAUAACGAUGGCUUGACAGAGGACGAACAUUUAGUGAAAUUGUUAAAGGCCGGGGCAGGAGUGGCAGGUCAUUUAAUGGAGGGUAAUGCUCCUAAGCUUGGUGUCGGGGAGGAUUACGAGGAAAAUGAGGCACAAAAUAACCUAAACGCACAGUUAAAUCUCAAUAAUGAGGAAGGUGACGGGAAUUAUUACGCUCACAAUGGAAAUGAAGAAGUCUAUGAUGAAAAAAAUAAAGAAAAUUUGCCAGAUCAGAGUAAGGAUAAAAAGCAUAUGUUGGUUCAAUUUGAUAAUGGGCCUUUAGUGAACGCCGAUAAUAAAGGUUUACAGGAUGGUUACGAGGAAGAUGGAUAUAAAGAUGACAACCACAACAAUGAAAAUGAGGAUGGAGACUAUGAUGAAGAGAAAGCUCUGAAUAAUUUUAAAAAUGAUGUCAAUCAUAUACAGAUCGGUAGGAAACCAGUGAUUCCGAAGGCUGACGAAACAGAUUACACGUAUUAUGAUGAAAAAGAGCAACACAAUGGUUACAAUAAUUUCGAUGAGGAUGAAAGCGACACCGCUGAGACUCAAAAGAAAAUACUUCAACCGGCUCAGGUUUUAGAGGAUAAAGUUGAGAGUAUUAAAAAGAAAACACUUACUGUUGACACUUUACCUCAUAACAGUGCCAACCCCCCUAACACUUUAUUUUUAAUAGUAUGUGCCAGCAUGCUUCUUGUUGUUUUCUUUAUGUACAGAUUUAUUAGGUCACGCCGAGUUCACAUUCGUUACCAUCCACGGCCUUUUGUCCGGUUAUGAUCAGAUAUUUAACAUAGACAAAUGCAGUUAUUGAAUUACCUGGAUAUAAAAAUGUAUAUUGUAUAACAUUGUUAAGUUUAUAAAAUUGAUCAAUGAUUUUAUUUCUUAGUGUACAUGAACAUUCAUGUACAGUAAAUCUUUGGUAUAAUAUAUAUAUACCCCUCUUUUCAUUUGUUGUCUCAAGCUCAUGAUCACUUAAUUUGACAGAUUCAUGGAUAUGUUGUUGUGAUUUAAUAUAGCCUAAUAGUGAGUUUUGAUGUAUUUCACCUGUAUUGUUUACCAAUUUAUAGCAAAAAGGGAAGCAACUUGUAUUCUUGUUGUGAAAUAGGCGAAAAUUACAAUUACCAGUAUUUAAUUUAAAGAUGACACAGCACAGACAGCCUAUACACUCCUAGUCACAAAAAUACAUAUAAUGGCACCCACCUGCAUGCUCUAGCAAUUUAUAUUGAUUAACACAACCAAAGAAAAAAUAAUAGUUUGUUAUACAAAAAUUUAUAUACCCAAUAGAGAGGUGGAAUAUGGAAGAAUAGAUUAUUUAUUUACAUUAAAUUAAAAAAUUAAAGACACAAGCUUAACCUUUUGAAGGGUGGUACAAUGUAAUACAUUAUUGCAUAAAUUAUGUAAAUUUUGUUAUUGUAUAAAAAUUAACAGUCCAUUAUAUUCUUGUUUUCAUUUUUCUUGUUUUCUCUAGAUCUUGUGUCCAUGAUGUAGCAUCUUUAAAUUUGAUUGCUGCAAUAUAUUAAUAUAUUUUACAUUUUUUGAUAACAGAUAUUUCAGUUUAAGAAUUUCACUUAAAUUUGAGGAAAAUGAGUCAAUUUUAUUUUUUAAUUAAGAGAAAAUCAUGAUUCAGUAUAACAUUGGAUAAAUAUGCUUAAGUGAAUGUGUAAAC